ACUUAAAUAGUUAGCCAUUUGAAGAAGCAAGUUCAGUUCGACAAAGCAGCCAAAGGCAUUCACUACACCACCGAGGAUACAAUACUUGGAUAGUUUCUGAAGAACAUGCCGUACUACGAGGAGGAACGUCGCCAUCACCAUCACCAUCACCAUGGAAGGCCCAUUGUGGAGGUGGACAUUGUCCCGCCAAGGAUUCCUCGGCCAGUGAUUGAGAUCGGAGUGGGCGGCCGCUAUCCACCACCACCGCCCAGGGUGGAGGUCAUCACACCAGCUGCCGUCUACCAGCCCCCACCACCACGACCCAUUAUCGAGGUGGAUGUGGUGCCACCAAGAGCCCCCUUCAUCGAGUUCAACAUUGGCGGUCGGCGUCCUCCUCCCAGGGAAGAGGUCAUCAUUGUCCAGCAGCCCCCGCCGCCCAGGUGGUAGGCGUGGUCGCAUUGUGACCCUCCAAAAGAGUGAACAACGUUUAAAAUAUUUAUUAAACUUCCUGUAUUUCAUGAGCAAGCACUGGAAAUACACUAGAAUACACGCAAAUAGAAACUAUAAACUAACUUUUUACAAAAAAUAGGCCCUUGUAUAAUAAAAAUAAAAAAUAAAAAACA